AGUGAAGUGUCGACUUAGUUACUCUAUAACCAGUGCUUGUUUCACAUAGUUGUUUAUUUAUCGUUCUUAACUUGGUCUAAACAACCACAAUGGAAACAGAAGCUAUGGAUCCAGCCCAAGAGUUCGUGGCGAAGGUCCACGCUCGACAGAAGCCGGUGCUCGAAGCUAUAGCACGUUGGGACUCUCCGGUUCAGCAGUUCUACGAGAACACUACUAUCUUCAUCACAGGAGGCUCCGGCUUCCUCGGCAAGCAGCUUAUAGAGAAACUCUUCAGAGCGACGAAGAUAUCCAAAAUUCUACUCUUGCUCAGAAGUAAAAAGGGAAAACCUAUUGAACAGAGAUUAUUGGACAUGCUACAGGAUCCCGUUUUUGACGCAGUAAAGGAAUUGCAUCCUAAUUUCGCCGAGAAGAUCGUACCAGUAGCCGGAGAUGUUGCUGAAAUGAAGCUCGGAUUGAGCGAGAAGGACUGGAACUUGGUUGCUGAUGAGACGGACAUAUUCAUGCACGUGGCUGCGACCACGAGGUUUGACGAGCCCCUCAAAAUAGCCACUUUGAUCAACGUCCGCGGUGCAAGGGAAGCUCUCCUGCUAGGCAAGGCUUGCAAGAAACUGAAGUCAUACGUCCACGUCUCAACAGCAUAUUCCCACGCCUGCGAGAACAUGAUCAACACAGAAGUCCUGGAGGACUUCUACAAGAGCCCCAUAGACCCGGAGACCCUCAUCCAGCUCGCUGAGACCCUUGAUGAAGAGAAACUUAAUGAAAUUAGUAGUGGAUUAAUCAAAAACUGGCCGAACACGUACUCGUUCGGGAAGGCGGUAGCCGAGGAAACUGUCAGGUCCAUGGCGGAUGGCCUGCCUCUGUGUAUUGUCAGACCUGCUAUAGUAAUUGUGGCACACAAGGAACCCACUCCCGGUUGGUUGGACAUGUCCAACGUUUACGGCGCCAGUGGAGUAGUCCUAGGCCCCGGCAUAGGCCUGAUGCACACAAUCAUGGCCGACAAUGACGUGAACAUAGGCCUAGUUCCAGUGGACUAUGUAAACAAUGCUAUCAUUGUGUCAGCGUAUGAAACCUAUAAGAAAGUUCAGAAAGGAGAGACCAAGCCUAAGAUUUAUACUGUAACUACUUCCACGAGAAAUCCGACGAGAUGGGGUUGGCUGGUAGACUUCACGGAAGGUUAUAUAGCGAAACAAUAUCCCAGCCCAUCGGCUAUAGCGUAUGCCUUUGCUUGGGGAACCAACAAUCCUACCGUAUUCUGGUUAUAUUCCUGGUUAUUGCAUUUUAUACCAGCUUAUGUCAUUGAUGCAGUAUGCUUUGUUUUGGGGAAAGAGAGGAGAUUCGUAAAAAUCUACACGAAAAUGUUCAAAAUGUCUAUGGCUCUAUCUUACUUCACUGUCAACGAUUGGCGAUUUAUCGAUGACAAUACCGCAGCACUAUACGACGGUUUAUCGACUAUCGAUAAAACUAUAUUCAACUUCGACGUCACUCAGCUACAGUGGACCGAGUACAUGGUACUGUGGUGUUUAGGACUCAGAAAGUUUAUAGUUAAAGACGGACUGAAAGGUUCAGUUUACGCCGUCAAAAAGCAGUUCUUUUUCAAGAUUUUGUUCUGCGUUCUCUUCCCAGCUUAUUUGUUCUUAUUGUACAAAGUAUUCAUUUUCGCUGUUUCUAGCUUGUAUUUAGUUUUAAGGUUAUUUUUUUGAUUAAAUUAAGUUACUUUUAAUGAUUGUUUAAUUUUGCCCACCAUAUCUAUGAUGAUUCCACCUUAUAAUUUUUGUUUUUUUUUUUAUACCAUAAAGACUUAAAUUCGAAACUAAAGCACAGAUUUGAGUAGGUAUCGAUAAAAUUGUUAUUUAUAUUUUAUCGACAGUCUAUAAAACUAUAUUCAACUUUGACGUCACUCAACUUUUGUAUAGUUAUCGGCACAGAUAUUGAGCUCUCGGCGGAAGAGUGGGGAUCGCUUUGCGCACUGUAUACUUAAGGCAAUAAACCAAUAAAUGACUUCUGCGCAGGUGAAGGUCAGGGCUCAAUAUCCUUGCCGAUGAUUAUAAUAAUACAUAUGUUGUUGGUUUGCCUGAAUAAAUGAAUAAAUAAACUACAGUGGGCCGAGUACCUACAUGGUACUACGGUGUUUAGGACUGAGAAAGUUUAUAGUUAAAGACGGACUGAAAGGUUCAGCUUACGCCGUUAAAAAACAGUUCUUUUUCAAGAUUUUGUUCUGCGUUCUCUUUCCUGCUUAUUUGUUCUUAUUGUAUAAAGUAUUCAUUUUCGCUGUUUCUAGCUUGUAUUUAGUUUUAAGGUUAUUUUUUUGAUUAAAUUAAGUUACUUUUAA